AUGAAAGAGGCAGACUUGACAGAGCAGAUUGCAAGUGUUAUCAAGAAGACUGCUGAAUGGAAAGAUUAUGUGAAAAAGACAGGAAGAGUGUAUGAAGAGGAAGAGUUGAAGACUUGGAACAGUAAUGUAUCUAUUCUGGACAAGAUGUUUAUUGGGCAAGAAUGGGCUUCAGCAGAUGAGUGUAGAGAUUACAUUAAAGAUCAAAACAUCUUCCAGAAUUUUGAUAUUCAACAAGUGAAGAAUACCCAAAUUCAGCAACAAUAUAAAUGCAAGCAGGCACCACAUUGUAAGUGGAAUGUUUAUUGCUCUAGAAUUUGGGAUAAAGUCACUUUUAGGUGCAAGAAAGGUGAAUUUGAGCAUACAUGUCAGGGGAAACAUGGAAUCCACCAUCCUUUAGCCAAAGCAAGGUGGGUAUUCAGAGUUAUGUUGGAUACUUAUAAAGCUCAUCCUAAGUACAAACCACAGGAUUUCAUAGAUGAAGUGUUGAGGGUUCACAAAGUGGAAAUUGGUUACUGGACUGCUUGGAGAGCUUGGCAUAUGUGUAUGGAGAGAAUUUAUGGUAAUUAUGAAGACAGUUAUGCCAUGGGUCCUGAAUUCUGCAAUCAAGUUCUGAAGAGGAAUGAUGGCAGUAUUGCAAGUUGUGCAACAGAUGAAGCUGGAAAGUUCAAGCACCUAUGUAUAGCUUAUAAGAGUUCCUUGGAUGGUUUCAAGAAAGGUUGUAGACCUAUUUUAGGUUUGGAUGGGUGUUUUCUUAAAGGUAAAUAUGGUGGUGUUUGUUUAGUUAUAGUAUCCUUAGAUGGAAACAAUGGAAUCUUUCCAAUUGCCAUAUUUAUUUGUAGAAAAGAAAAUAAAGAAAAUUGGACUGAGUUCCUUAGGAUUCUUGCUCCAUACUUGAAAGAACAUCCAAGAGCUCUGACCUUCAUAUCAGACAGAGAAAGGACUAAUCUCAGCUGUUGA